AUGGGCAAAUCCAAGGGCGGCAGCAAGGCGCAGCAGCACAAGCCGCCGUCGGCGAAGCGCAAGGCCGACAAGCACUUUACCACCAUCGCGGUCGCGGCGGCAGUCUCGAGCGCGCUCGCGGCAACGAUUCUGCCGGGCUGGCUCUCAAACCCGCUGCAGCCUCCGCCGGAGCGGAGAGAGGGCGCGGUCGCCGGCCAGGGCGACGGCUCCGCGGGCGCACGCGGAAAGUCUGCGCACGAGGCGGUGAUUGCGGCGCUCGACCGCGACGGCAUCGAGGUGCCUGAGGCGGCGCGGCGAGGCGCGGUCAGGGGCGGUGAUCCCGGGUGCGUGGACGAGGACUCGAACUGCGAGACGUGGGCGAAGAGCGGUGAGUGCUUCAAGAACGAGCA